CACGUCACUAAGACCACCACCUCAAGGUGUCUACAACGAAUUGUUCACCAACACACCAUGGCGCGAUUAUCGCAAGCCCCAGGCGCCCCCCUCAACCGAAGCGCCAUAGAUUCGGCCUCGUCUGAGCUGGGCCAUCUGCUCCUGCGCUUGCAGCAGACCAUCCUCCACGCCGAUCCAGAUCGCGAACGAAGGCUUAGGACCAGCGAGUUUGAGAGGGCUCGAGUAGCAGCUAACCUCGAGUAUGCGCGGACAUCCCUCACGAAGCUGGAACACGAUGCCUUGGGGAUUAAGGCCCCAGGCCGGAGGUCAGAGGUGCAAGGGGACCUGAACCGGAAGAGGGAGCUACUUGACCUGCUGCUAGAUCGGCUGGAAGAUUUGCGAGAGAUGGCUAUUCACGACGAUGACGACGAUGACGGCAGUUCUGACGGGGAAGACAUCCUUUCGGAAAUAAUACCAACACCCAGCGAGAGUAUUGUCGACUCGAUAUCCACAGAUAUGGGGUCAGAAGGUUCUAGUCAAGACGACCCCGUAGAACCAGAGCCACCAGAGAUGCCACCCGCGACAGCCCCCGAGCUAGAAACAGCAGCACCAAUAGCAUCAUCAAUGCCAGGCCCUGAACCGGCACGAUCACCAGACACGGUCCCCGAACCUCUCACUCAACAAGAUCCCACCCAAACAACACAGACACUCCGUACCCGUGGUGGAGCAUCAUCUUCCGCAACAUCUGCACACUCCACAGCGCGUGCCGCCCUCUUCUCCAACCGCAGCAAACCCUCUUCCCCACAGACCUCAACCGCGACGGCGGAGGCCAUCCUAGACCGCCAGCGCGCCGAGCAGGACGAGCUGUCUAACUCCAUCCUCAAGAUGGCAGGUGCCCUCAAGGAGAGCUCGCAGCGCUUCUCGAACACGCUCGAGUCUGACAAGGAGGUGCUCAGCCGCGCGGGCGACGGCAUGGAGAAGACGGAGCUGGGCAUGGAGGCAGCCCAAGGGCGGAUGGGUACGCUGAGGAAGUUGACAGAGGGGCAGGGGUGGUGGGGAAGGAUGAUCUUAUUUGCAUGGGUGUAUGGACUCAUGGUUGCAUUAAUUUUGCUGGUGUUUGUGAUGCCCAAGUUGAGGUUCUGAGAAACGCACGAACGGGAUCAUGACUGUGCUAUGACGGAGGGACGGCUUAUUGAAUGAUGUAUACGGGAUGUACGGAUUAGCGAUGUGAUUUUUUUGAUAUGGGAUUAGAAAUUGAACAACGAAGUCAUCUUCUA